AUGCUGCUGAUGUUGCACAGAGCUAUGGUCCCUGGGCUCCGACAAGCCUCCAGACUCAGGUCGACUUCAAGGCUCUGCUCUCGGGCCUGCUCUACAGAUGAUUCAUUUCAGCCCCGGCACCCUAUCUCUGAUGAUAACUCUGGCGACAGGGGCUGGAGGGUCAUGGGGACCCUGCUGGGCCUCAGCGCAGUGUUAGCCUAUCAUGAACGUCAGUGCAGGGCUGCUCAGGAGUCACCACACUUGUACACACGGGAAGAAGUGAGCUCUCACUGCAGUCCUGAGACUGGGAUCUGGGUAACUUUGGGCCAUGAGGUCUUUGAUGUCACAGAAUUUGUGGACAUACACCCAGGGGGGCCAUCAAAGCUGAUGCUAGCAGCUGGGGGUCCCCUGGAGCCCUUCUGGUCCCUCUAUGCCAUUCACAACCAGUCUCAUGUGCGUGAGAUACUGGCUCAAUACAAGAUUGGGGAACUGAAUCCCAAAGAUAAGGCACCUCCUACCUUAGGCACCUGUGAUCCUUAUGCUAAUGAUCCUCCACGUCAUCCAGCACUGAAGAUCAAUAGCCAACGCCCCUUUAAUGCAGAGCCUCCCCUUGAGCUGCUGACAGAAAAUUAUAUCACACCCAAUCCUCUUUUCUUUACUCGGAACCAUCUGCCUGUACCCAACCUGGACCCAGACACCUAUCGCCUUCAAAUUGUAGGGCCACCUGGGGGUCAAUCAUUGUCUCUGUCCUUGGAUGACUUAUACCAGUUCCCCAAACAUGAAGUCACAGUCACUUUACAGUGUGCUGGCAACCGGCGUGCUGAGAUGACUAAGGUCAAAGAAGUAAAAGGUCUAGAAUGGAGAACAGGGGCCAUAAGCACUGCACGCUGGGCUGGAGCACGACUCUGUGAUGUUUUAGUCCAGGCUGGUCACCACCUCUCUGAAACUGAGGUCCAUGUUUGCUUUGAAGGACUGGAUUCAGACCCCACUGGAACUGCCUACGGAGCAUCCAUCCCUCUGGCUCGGGCCUUGGACCCAGAAGCAGAGGUUAUACUGGCAUAUGAGAUGAAUGGGCAGCCUCUGCCUCGGGACCAUGGCUUUCCAGUGCGUGUGGUCGUUCCUGGUGUGGUGGGUGCCCGCCAUGUGAAGUGGCUGGGCAAAGUGAGUGUGGAACCAGAGGAAAGUGAAAGCCACUGGCAGCGACGGGAUUACAAAGGUUUCUCUCCUUCUGUGGAUUGGGACACUGUAGAUUUUGAUUCAGCUCCAUCUAUUCAGGAACUUCCUAUCCAGUCAGCUAUCACAGAGCCUCAAGAGGGGGAGACAGUAGAGUCCGGGGAGGUUACUGUGAGAGGCUAUGCUUGGAGCGGUGGUGGCAGGGCUGUGGUCCGAGUUGAUGUGUCUCUGGAUGGAGGCCUAACCUGGCAGGUGGCUGAACUGGAGGGAGAAGAACAGCGCCCCCGGAAAGCCUGGGCCUGGAGGCUAUGGCAGUUGCAAGCCACUGUGCCUGCUGGGCAAAAGGAACUGAACAUUAUUUGUAAGGCUGUAGAUGACAAUUAUAAUGUACAGCCAGACACUGUGGCCCCAAUCUGGAACCUACGAGGUGUGCUCAAUAAUGCCUGGCACCGGAUCCAUGUUCAUGUCACUCCAUGAGAACAUGAAAUGAAGCCA